CAGCCACAGCCGACACCGACGUGGCCAGCGAUCGCGCCAAUUCAAAGCAGUCCUGCGCUAAGCGGAUAGCGCCGCGGUUACGAGUCGACUCUACGCACACGGGCACUGGGAGAGGGAGAGAGAGGCCCAGGUGGACCGUCUCUCUUUCAAUUUGCUAUCGCCGCUAUAGCGGGACGCGCGUGAUUUUCGUUUGGCCGAGGGGAGAGCCCAGCGAGCCUGCCGUCAGUCCCCAACAUGAGACUCAUCGCCGUAUUAGCCACAAUCUUGGCCGUCGUCGCCAGCCUCGCUCACGCGCAAAACUACAACCAACUAUAUUCUGGCUUUGGUCCAUAUCUCAGGCAAUCAUCUGGAAUGAGGGACCCGCGAUCUAAUACUGGUCCGGUGCUGUUCCCCCCGGGCCCGCCUGGCAAUCCCGCCGACACCAGCGGCGUCGUCGUCGGGGCAAGUGGCUACGGAUUCGUUCCACCCAACGCAGGUAAAACGCUCGGACCGCCCUGAGCGCCUCCAACUGAGAUCGUAGUGAAUCGCUAUUAGUAGCUUAGAUAACCGCGGCGAGUCACAACGCUUUAUUUAUGAGAGGAAAUAAUAAGUCUUGGGAAGAGGAGGCGAAAGGAGACGCCUAAUGGUGAUGGCUUGGCCGGAAUAGUGAAAUGGAGGAGUAUAGGAAAUUAACGCAACCGUCCUCGUGUAAAUAAGCCUUAGAACCUGUGUAGCAAAGCUUUCGGCUGCGGUACUUCAACUACGAAUGCUGUAGAGUUGGGUAUGCCGCACACGGGACCAGCAUCUGUACAUACACUUACAUGUAUAUAUAACUGAUUGUUGAUGCCGAUGCCUGAUCCUUGCCUAUCCUACCAAUGCAACUCCUUGUAUUAUAUUAACUUUGGCAAUAAAUAAAAGCUGUAUAUGUCUCACGUCAAUGAAAGUAACUCCU